AUGUCUGUCUUCCCAGGCCAUUACGCAGAGGAUGAGGAGAAAUUUGUCGCCGGACUUGAAGAUGCUCAAGAUGCGUACACGAUUGAGGCAGUGCCAAAUCGCGUGAUCGUCAGGUGUUUUGGUAAAUUAGGACCUCUUCUAUCGAGACUCUUCGCAAGCGGUAUCGAGGCCCGUGGAGUAGAGCGUAUGCCAGAAAACCAGCGAGAGUCAAAAAAUGCCUGGAACAACAUCCUAAUGUGGUGGUCUGUUAACACAGUGUUUGAUAUCAUUCCCAUAGGCGUGCUCGCACAGUCAACUUUUACUUUGAGUUUCGGUAAUGCUGUAGCUACCAUCCUCUGCUUCGGUACUCUCGGGGCCAUCGCGACAGCGUUUGUUGCUACUCUCGGCCCCAUAACGGGCCUCCGCACCAUGGUCAUCACUCGUUUCAGCUCGGGAUAUCUCGGUUGUACCAUCUACUCAGUCCUCAACAUCCUCACGCAGUUUGGCUUUGCCACAACGACUGUUAUCCUCGGAGGUCAAACGCUGUCCAACAUCAACCCUGGUACCCUUCCGUCCGUCGUUGGAAUCAUCAUCAUUGGUGUGUGCUCCCUCAUCCCGUGCGUUGUCGGGUACAACAUGGUGCACGUCUAUGAGCGCUAUGCAUGGAUAAUUACCCUGAUCAGCAUGCUCUUCCUCUGGGGUCUUGGUGGAAAAGCCGGAUAUGACAUCAACGCGCAAAAGCCACUUGAGGACACAGGGCACGCCCUCUCAGCAGACAUUCUCAGCUUCGGCGGGAUCGUAUUCGGCUUAUUCACUGGGUGGGCGCCAGUUGCGGCGGACUUUAACUGUCGGCUGCCUGCUGAUACACCACCUAUGCGCGUAUUUCUGCUUACGUUCUUCGGCUUAUUCAUCCCUAUCUGCUUUGUCGGGAUUCUCGGUGCCGCCCUUAUGACCAUCACAGACCCUGCAUACGUCGCGGCGUUCAGAGGCGGCUCGACAGGCGGCCUUGUUGCGCAGGUCCUCUCGCCAUUGGGUCAUUUUGGCCAGUUCAUCCUCGUCCUGCUCGCGCUUUCUCUCAUUGCCAACAACAUCCCGAAUACUUACUCCGCGGGCUUGUCCAUGCAGGCACUUGGACGCCCGUUCGCCAUUAUUCCGCGCUUCUUCUGGGUACUGCUAACCUUCGUGGUGUACACUGCAGCUGGUAUUGCAGGCCACGAGCAUUUUAUUACUAUUCUUUCUAAUUUCCUCAGGAUUCUUAGUGACUGGACGGCAUUCUUCAUUGUGAUCGUAGCUGAGGAACACUUCAUCUUCCGGCGGAAAAACGGGCCACUUGGUGGGUACAACUUGGAUGAUUAUGAUACGCCAUCAAAACUACCAGUAGGCGUAGCGGGUAUCCUUGCAGGGUGCUUUGGUGUCGCAGGUGCUGUCAUCGGGAUGUCACAGGCGGGCCCACUUGGAGAGAUGGUAGGAGCAGAGAUCGGGUUUGAGCUUGCAGCAGCGUUCUCAGCUGUUACUUACUUUCCAUUGCGUGCGCUUGAAAUUAGGCUCACUGGUCGAUGA